GAAGGUCGGGGGGAAUAGGGAACUAGCUAGCCAAAUUAUUAUUUACGGCCAAUCCCUUUAUUUCAAUUAUACUACUGAGCUGAAAUUGUCCAUUUAAGGACCACUUCGUACCGGGCAGCCUCUCUUUGCUCAUUUAUUGAGGUAUCGUGUCUUGUUUGGAGCUGUUAUUCGCAAGCUAGCAGUCCAGCAUUUAUUUAGCAAGCUAGCCAACGUUAGCUCCGAGCCAGAAGCCGAAAACCCGGCUCUUGCGUCGUAGUUAGGGAAAUUAUAACGUAAUCGCUGAAUUUCGAGCGGAGACGGUACCUAAAUAUAUUCAGCGCAGCCUAAGCGUUAAGGGAAAACACAUCUAGUAUCUGGUCACGUUCAAAAUGGACGAUAAAACAUUUACGAAGGAAUUAGACCAAUGGGUCGAACAGCUCAAUGAGUGUAAGCAGCUCUCGGAAAAUCAAGUGAGGACGUUGUGCGAAAAGGCCAAGGAGAUCCUGACCAAGGAGUCCAACGUGCAGGAGGUCCGCUGUCCAGUCACCGUCUGCGGAGAUGUGCAUGGCCAGUUUCACGACCUCAUGGAGCUCUUCAGAAUCGGGGGCAAGUCACCAGACACCAACUACCUGUUCAUGGGGGACUAUGUGGACAGAGGCUACUACUCGGUGGAGACGGUCACGCUGCUCGUUGCAUUGAAGGUCCGAUUCCCAGAGCGCAUCACGAUACUGCGGGGAAACCACGAGAGCAGACAGAUCACACAGGUCUACGGCUUCUAUGACGAGUGCCUGAGGAAAUACGGCAAUGCCAACGUGUGGAAGUACUUCACAGACCUCUUUGACUACCUGCCUCUGACUGCCCUGGUUGAUGGACAGAUCUUCUGCCUGCACGGGGGCCUCUCCCCAUCAAUAGACACACUGGACCACAUCCGGGCCCUCGACCGCCUACAGGAAGUUCCACACGAGGGGCCAAUGUGUGACCUGCUGUGGUCGGAUCCUGAUGACCGCGGCGGCUGGGGGAUCUCUCCUCGAGGUGCUGGAUACACCUUCGGACAGGACAUCUCUGAAACCUUCAACCACGCUAACGGUCUUACUCUGGUGUCACGAGCUCACCAGCUAGUUAUGGAGGGCUACAACUGGUGUCACGAUAGAAACGUGGUCACCAUUUUCAGUGCGCCAAACUACUGCUAUCGUUGUGGCAAUCAAGCUGCCAUCAUGGAACUGGAUGAUACUCUUAAAUAUUCCUUCCUUCAGUUUGACCCUGCACCUCGACGUGGAGAGCCCCACGUGACUCGCCGUACCCCUGACUACUUCUUAUAAACGUGCACUGGCCUGAUUUGAGGGGUGGGGGGGUGGCAAAGAGAUGAAUUCUGAAGCAAGCAAAAAAAGACACAAAUCCCAGCGGUUGCUCGUACGCGUGUAUAUAUGCACACACAGUGCUGUAUGUUUGUAUAUGUACAUGUGCACGGGAUCUGUUACGAUGUGAAAGCACUAACAUGGACCAAAAUGUGCCAUAUAAGCAUUUGAUGCCGAAAAAAAAAAUGUUGCCCUGUGUCUCAGUACUUCAACACAGUGUCCUGUUUUAGCCUCCAGUGCAAUUGCCUGCUGUAUACUAUUGAUGGAAAGUUCUCUGUUCUUGAAAAUGUACAUUACUCCGAGCAACAAAAAAAAAUAAAAGGAAAUGUGAUAUAAACUCGCUUUCUACACCCCCCCCAUCCCCCCAUCCCUUUCCUCCCCCCAAUAUCACUGGACGUUGUACUUUGAGUUGGCAGUGCCAGGCAUGUGACGAUACAACAAUGUUUUAUACAAAAUGCACAAGCUUACACCCCAUACUUGUCUCUCUUCACCACGAUACUAUAAUCUAUUUGGGAAUGAUUACUUAACAUUGAGGGAGGAGCCUCCUUUUUGGGAGAGUAUGCUUUUAUGUAUACGACAAACCCAUCCAACUUCCUUUUCCCUUUCCUUUCGUUCCUCCCCCCCCCAAACAGUAACCUAACUGUCCCUUUUGUCUAAUCUUUACCAUUUUUUUUUUGUGUUGACCUUUUCUCUGUGUAUUUGUCACGAUGUGAUUGCCUCUUUGGUCUAAUAAAGUACUUUCAACUGCAAGCUACACCAUGAAA